AUAAAUCCAAGUGGUACCCCUGCAUUUCCCCUUAGGUCUCUCUUUCUCUCUCUCUGCUCUAACUGCUUCUCUCUCCUCCUCUCUCUUUCUCUCUCUAUUCUCUUCCUUCACUGGGCUUGAGUUUUGCAUUUGCUGUGAUAAGAUGGGAAGGCAACCUUGCUGUGACAAAGUGGGGUUGAAGAAGGGACCAUGGACAAGUGAGGAGGACAAGAAGCUCAUCAACUUCAUUCUCACCAAUGGCCAAUGCUGCUGGAGAGCUGUUCCUAAACUUGCAGGGUUGUUAAGGUGUGGAAAGAGUUGCAGGCUUAGAUGGACCAAUUAUCUUAGACCUGAUUUAAAGAGGGGUUUGUUAUCAGAAUCUGAGGAACAGAUAGUCAUUGAUCUUCAUGCUGCUCUUGGAAACAGAUGGUCCAAAAUAGCUGCUCAUCUCCCUGGAAGGACUGAUAAUGAGAUAAAGAAUCACUGGAACACCCACAUCAAGAAGAAGCUAAAGAAGAUGGGAAUUGAUCCUGUUACUCACAAGCCAAUCUCUACUUCGACUGAUCAAGAACCACCACCACCACAACUGCAACAAGAAUCUGUUGUUCCAUCCCAUUCAGAAGCAGACCAGAACAAGGGAAAUGAGACAUUUUUAGAGUCAGCCAUUAUUGAGAUAAAAGAAGAAGAAAAGAGAAUUAUGAGCAUUACAAGCCCAUUCAGUUCUACAGACAACAGUGAUAGCUUUUGCACAGAUGAAGUCCCUCUGAUUGAACCCCAUGAGAUUCUAAUCCCUUCUGGACCUUCUUCAUCAACUUCUACUUCAUCCUUUUCUUCCUCAUCUGGGAUGCCUGAAGAAAUGCAGUUCUCAAGCUUGGAGUGGCCUGAAUAUUACAACAACAUAUCAAUUUGGGAUGAUUUUAAUUUCUGGGAUUUGCUUUGUGAAGAUGGUGACAAGAUACUAGCAGUUGAUCCUUCUCUCAAUCAGUUCUCAAGACUAGUUUUUGAUCACGAACCUUGGAAAUUUGGGCUCUUGUAAUUAUUUUUCUUCAGAGGUUCUGUUCAUUAUGUGAAUUUAGAGAAUAAAAUUUUAGAAUUUGUGAACAAAUAAGAAUACCCACCAAAUAUUUUCUCUUCCAUU